ACGGCGUCUCGCACUGUGCAGAAAGCCCCCCACCCCCUCGACGUCGUCGUUUCUGCUUCCCUGCCUGGUGACCUGCUGUUGCAAGUCCUCCUACCAUUCAAAGCUGUGACAAUCUGCAUGUCCAUGUAGGUUCGUCCUGAUUGAGCCCUGACCCUGCAGCUUGCUGCUUCCCCCUGAUUUUGAUUGUGCCCGCAAAAUUUCUGGCAUAUAUUGCACGAUGCGAGCUUUUCUGUCAGGUUAAUCGUGUUCGCAGAAGUCAUCUUGCGGUGCGUUUCGUGGGAGAUGUUUUGGGCAUGGUGAGGUGCUUGGGUCACAAGACUUUCUGUGUCAAAUGGUCUACAGUCGUUCCUCUCAUGCGUCAACGACGUAAAAGCCCAUUGUACCGCUUGAUAAGUGAGAGAAGAUCAUUUUUUGGAUUCAUACUUCUCUCUGCUGAGGUAGCGAUGGUGAUGCCGGCGAAAUGGCUGUCCGUGGUCUGUCUAGUGUGCUCGCUAAUAAGCAGACAUGUAGAUGCUGACACGAGUUUGCAGUAUUACCAAUUCUCCGACAGCAGCAACAGCAUCUCAGUCCUCGGCGACGCUCGCAUCUACAUCGACGACCUAGCACUGGAGCUCACCAACAAAGGCGCUGGGAGAGCCACGUACGAUUAUCCAGUCCGCACCGUGAGCACCUCACCCCAAACCAGCAUUUCGUUUGAGACCACCUUCAUUUUCUCCAUCGAAAAAGAACUUUCGACACCGCAGUCGUACGGCGCCGGGCUCACGUUCAGCAUGUCCUCGGAGAACAGGACGGUAGGCGACCCAGGUGCGUACUUAGGCCUGGCCACGGCGACCCCUUCCUCCGACAUCGCCGUCGCGACGACCAAAUACUUCGCCCUAGAAUUUGACACUAGGCAGGACACCCAAUUCCAAGACAUGAACGAUAACCAUGUCGGCGUGGACUUCAGCAGCUUGGUUUCGGACCAAGCGAAGCCAGCGAUGUCGGGCGCGACGCCCGUGGUCCUGGCCUCCGGCAACCACAUUCAAGCGUAUGUGACUUACAAUAGCCUGGCCCAUGUGCUGGAUGUCUCCAUUAGUCCCUACACGAAUGGCGACUACGUGAAGCCGGCGGAGUCGCUUCUGUCGGUGCCAAUCGAUCUCUCCACUGUCUUGAACGAGUUCAUGUAUGUGGGUUUCUCGGCUGCGACUGGCGCCGGCACCGUGCGUCACAAGGUCUGGUCGUGGACGUUUAAGACUACUACUGUGGAUUCGACGGGGCAGCCCAUCGCCAGUCCUCCCGAUGCCGACGCUUACUUGGCGCCGGGGCCAGCACCCGACGUCACCAAUCAGGGCUUCGGCACAUCCGCCGCAGGGACUAACCUCUGUGCUCUUGCAAUCCUAGCGUUGAAGCUCGCCGCCGUUUUGUCGGUGGUGCUGAUUUCAGUAUGUUGAGCAGCACUCCAUUUUUGAAAUCGUUGACAGGAUUUGAGGCUUCACCCAAAGCCACAGAGUAAUACAACAAAAGGUUUUGAGAGAAUGAGGGUUGAAAAGACUGAGAUACCCUGGAUUCAUUAACAAUUUUUCAUGUUUUACAUGUAUGAUUUUCUUUUUUA